AUGGUCCUUUAUGACAUUAUAAAAUUAAAAAGAUAUUCUUCCUUGUCAAAAAUUAAAAAUGAAAUACUAAAUCACUUUUUUUCAUUGCAGAAGAUAUGGGAAGAAAAAGUAGUAUAUCAUGAAAAUCUUGUAACAAAAAUUGAAUCCAGAAAACAAAUUUUAGAAAGUCAAGUUUUGCAACUGAAAGCUGAAAUUGAAAGUGAGAAGAGUGAAACAGCGAUAACUAACCUAAGCCCAGUUUCACAUGAGAAUAUUUCUGAGUCUAAGCAGGACAUAGAUUCUGAUUCUCCAAAAAGUGUCAUAAGGCAAGAAAGAAGCAGCACACAGAAAAAAACUACAUUUGACAACUGGAGUGAUACUACUGAAGAUUCCUGUUUGGACAUUGCUGUCUAUCAGGUAGAUAACGCAAAAAGAGAUGAAAAGCUGAAGACUUCGGAUAUCACAAAAACUGCACAGAGAUCUCAGCCAGCAUCUAGUAAGAAAACCCCAACAUGGGAAAGAACAAAAAUACCUGAAAAGUUUGGUGGACCAGAUGCAAUGGCGAACCUUACGAGUUCGUACACAGCCUUUAGUCAACCACUCCAAAGUGCUGGUACCAAGUUCUUCAGACGAGGUCAAAGAACUGGAACAAAAUUUUAUGAAACCAAUAAGCAGGAUGUGUUCACAGCUUUGCAGGAUGAUUGA